GAGAGAGAUGGGAUGGCCAGAGUUUAGUUUUCGCUUUGCACAAGUAAAUCAGACGCCGAGAAGAGAAGAGGCAUUAAUCUAAGUGGCACACUGACCUAGCAGAAGGGGGAUUAGGCUACUAGCGAUUGCAUUUGAUAGAAGAGGAAAGCAGAAACAUCCGGUUUGCUUUGCACAGAUUAAAACGGGUGUUUUCCCUUGGAGAUGCGGGUCAGCGGCUGGGAGAAUCCUAAAAGACUACAAGCUGGAGCGAGUCUGAUCUGAACAAACCCGGUUAUGAGACUCUGGCGGCAGGUGGCAAGAUGAUCACGGGCGAUGGUCGCGGGCGCCCUGGGGUGUGGCUGCCCCUUCUCCUGGCGGGUCUGGCCGUGGCUCUGGGGGGUUCCCCCUUGUCCUGCCCCCCAAAAUGUGAGUGUUCCUCCGGCGAGCAGAGGGUGUUGUGCGCCCGCCGACGCCUGACCGUCGUCCCGGAGAACCUCCCCUCCGACGCGAAGCUCCUGGACCUGAGCAGGAACCGGCUGAAGACCCUCAGCUCGGAGGAGUUCUCCGACCUGCCCCUGCUCCUGGAGCUGGACCUGAGCGAGAACGUCAUCUCCGUUGUGGAACCCGGCUCCUUCCGCAACCUGCCCGCCCUCCGGAUCCUCCGUCUCAGGGGGAACCGGAUCAAGAUCCUCCCGGUGGGGGUGUUCUCCGGCCUCCAGAGCCUCCGCGUCCUGGAUCUGCGCCAGAACCAGAUCCUGGUGUUCGUCGACCACACCUUCAGGGAGCUCUCGAACCUGCGGCAGCUGGAGGUCGGGGAGAACGACCUGGUCUUCCUCUCCAACCGCGCCUUCUCCGGGCUCCUCAGCCUCCAGGAGCUGACCCUGGAAAAGUGCAACCUCACCUCCAUCCCCGUGGAGGCCCUAUCCCAGCUCCAGGGGCUGCUCCUGCUGCGCUUCCGACGGCUCAGCAGCAUCGGCGGGAUCCAGGACCUUUCGUUCAGGAGGCUGCAGAGGCUGAGGAGCCUGGAGUUCAGGCAGUGCCCCUCGCUGGGCACCCUGACAGGGAACAGCCUCCUGGGGCUGAACCUCACCUCGCUGUCCAUCACAGGAUGCAACCUGACCUCCGUCCCCUACCUGUCUCUCCGACAUUUGGUCUACCUCCGCUACCUCGACCUCUCCUACAACCCCAUCUCCGUGGUGCAGGGCCACCUGUUAGGAGACCUCCUCAGGCUGCAGGAGUUCCACUUGGCUGGAGGCAAGCUGCUGACCGUCGAGCCGGGGGCUUUUCGGGGCUUGACCCAAUUCCGGCUGCUCAAUGUCUCCUCUAACGAGCUUCCCACCCUGGAGGAGGGGGUUUUCCACUCGGUGGGCAACCUGGAGACCCUCCGGCUGGACGGGAACCCCCUGGCCUGCGACUGCCGGCUGCUCUGGUUGAUCCGCAGACGGUUGCGUUUGAAUUUCGACGGCCGCCAGCCCUCCUGCUUCACCCCGGAGUCGGCCCGCGGGAGGGAGUUUAAGGACUUCACUGAAAUUCUGUUUCCGGGGCAUUUCACCUGCAGGAGGUCCCGGAUCAUAGACCGGAAGCCCCAGGUGGUCCAGACUGACGAAGGCAACACGGUUCUGUUCUCCUGCCAGGCGGAUGGGGACCCAGCCCCAAAGAUCUCCUGGCUCACCCCACAGAAGACAGUCGUGACCCCCAGCGGCAGGGUCCGGGUGCUUCUCGAUGGGAGCCUGGAGGUCCGUUACGCUCAAGUCCAGGACGGCGGGAGCUACCAGUGCGUGGCGAGCAACGCGGCCGGGAAUGACAGCCUGCCCGUCAGCCUGCAGGUGCGCGGAUUCAACCUGUCGUCGGCGGGCAACCGCAGCUUCCUGUACUUUCCGGACCUGCAGCCGACCCCCUUCAACGUCUCUACCUCUCGGGGGCCUGCCCGCAAACCCUUUGGCGCCAAGAAACUCCUCUUGGCCACCACCAUGGGCUUCAUAUCCUUCCUCAGCUCGAUGGCCAUCUGCUUCGUCUUUAUGUUUUUCUGGAGCCGUGGGAAGGGGAAGAUUAAGCACAACACCACCAUUGCCUUUGUGCCGCGGAGCAGUGGGAGGAGGGGAGGGGGGGGAGGAGCAGAGGGAGGGGACGGGGGCAAGUUCUCCAUGAGGCUCAUGUGAGCCUGAAGCCGAGGACACAAUAGGAGAGCCAGCUCACUAACCUUAAAUCUGAGCUCGGGGGUCUAGCAGUUAAAGAAAGGGGCUUGAUACCAGGAGGUUCAAAUCCCGGCUCAGCCACUGACUCC